AUGGUGAGCUUCUCCAAGAUCUUCCAACAGCAACACUUCGUCUUCUUCCUCUACUUCCUUUUCUUCCUCUACUUCUUUUUCUUCCUCUACUUCCUCUACUUCCUCUUCUUCCUCUACUUCCUCUUCUUCCUCUACUUCCCUUUCUUCUUCUUCUUCCUCUACUUCCUCUUCUUCCUCUACUUCCCUUUCUUCUUCUUCUUCCUCUACUUCCUCUUCUUCCUCUACUUCAUUUUAUUCCUCUACUUCCUCUUCUUCCUCUACUUCCCUUUCUUCUUCUUCUUCUUCUUCCUCUACUUCCUCUUCUUCCUCUACUUCCUCUACUUCCUUUUCUUCCUCUACUUCCUCUUCUUCCUCUACUUCCUCUUCUUCCUCUUCGUGUCUAAAUAA